AUGACAGCAUGGAGCCAUGAGACCCGAGAGCGCACUUUCCAGUAUGUUUCUAUUUUGAUCUGCCUGGCGACGGCAGUUCUCUCAGCGGUUUUAGUGUAUUCCCUCGGGCCUGCGUAUUUGAUUGGACAAGCACUCAUCCUGUUGCCAGACAGCCCUGGCUGGGGUUGGUUCGCAGCAUGGGCCUUUAUUUUGCUGGUGACCGUGGUUUUCAUGGUGCCUUUGUGGCAGGCCAUCUGCGUAGCCUCCGGUCUUAUGUUCGGCCUUUGGGGCGGAACAGCCCUGAACUUCCUGGGCCUGUAUGCUGCGGCUGUGAUAAGUACAUUGCUGGGGCGCUUCCUGUUGCAGGAGCCCAUCCGAGGCUGGCUUGAUGAGGGGAAUUUCCCAACUGCAAAGAAAGCACUGCAAGUCUUGGAGGAGGCCGACGACUCCAUGCAGUUUCAAAUACUUUUUCGAUUUCUCUUUAUCCCAAUAUGGCUCCGAAACUAUGCACCUGCAACCUUGCACAUACCAGUGUGGAAGCUGCUACUGGCUGCAAUUCCUCACACUUUGUGGGUCUCCUUCAUUUUCGCAUCGCUGGGAUUGUCCUUGCAAGAUGCAAAUGAUAUGGUGAACCAUGGUGGGGAGAUCAAGCUUUGGGACGCAAAGUGGCAGCACCUUCUCAUGUUCGCAGUGUCUGCUGUGAUGUCCUUGCUUUUGUCUUGGUAUUCCUAUAAGAAGUAUGCAGAAAUGAUGAGCGGCGAAGGAAAGCCGUUGAACGAAAAUCAACGGCGCGAGCCUUGA